CCUCCAGCUGCUCGCAGUCCGGCUCAGUCCUGCGCUGGCUACUCUGAACGGGCGGCUGCAACUGCGACAAAAAAAAACUUUUGUGACUUUUCCUGCUUUGGCUUUUGCUGAAGAUGACCUAACAUCGACAGAGCCUCUGCUGGUCAGGGAUCGGCUGAAGUGUGAGAGACGCCCUCCUACCUCCGCCACCGCCGCCAUCAGCAUUCGAGGGCUGCCUUGCAGAUGGGAGGUCACCAACCGGUCGCCCGUUUCUCCCAAAUGCACUAUCUGCCCUCCGCCCUUGUCUAAGAUGGCCGCCUGUGGCCUUCUCCUGAAUCCGAACAGACUGGAGCAGAGCUGCGUGCUACCAUGGUGAUCAUUUUCUUGAAAACACUGGAAAAGAAGAAGGCUGUCGAUGAUGUGAACUCCAACAACACCGAGAGACGGCUGUGUAAGCUCCACACCAUGAGCAGAGGGACCACCCUCUUCUCCUGUGGAACUGUGGAGGCAGAUAGGUGGCUGGACCUGGGGCAAAGCUGUGCCAUCCAGCAGAGAGCUCCCUGCCAGGCUGGUGCCAGUCUGGAGAGCCUCUGGGAUGUGAUGCCGGAGCCGGGGAGCUGGCACUGGUCCAAGGAGCCAGGCAGUGCCACGGCAAUCACCAGUCUGAUAAGAGAUCUGAGCCUCGGCAACAGCGGCAUGACCACCCUCCACUCCCCCACCACAUCCACCACUGCUCACUACACCACUACAGCUACCAGCCAAGCUCCUACGGCACCCCCGAGCAAACGUCAGUGUCGCUCUCUGUCGUUCUCUGAUGAAUUUUGUGGGUUCCGCUCAUCUUGGAGGCCCCAAGGCUCCCGAGUGUGGACAACGGUGGAGAAACGAAGGUGCCACAGCGGAGGAAGUGUUCGGGGAGGAGCGGGUUUCUCCAGUGGUCAUCUUCCCACCAUGCAGCGUAGCUCCAGCUUCAGUUUGCCCUCACGCUCCAGCGUACCCUCAGAUGGUGCCAUGGAGCUGCAAUUCUUCAACCAGCAGCUGCCUCCCCACCCUCAAUUCACUGCCUCUCCAGUCUCCCCUACCUCUCCUUCCUUACAUCAUCACCACUCCCUCCAUCACCACUUCCUCAGGCCCCUCUCCCUCUCCCAUGAGCAGAUCAGCCUGCCAGAGCUUCAGAGGGAGGAGGCGUCGGAGGCCAGCUCUCCAGACUCCACCCCAGAAUUGGGGAGGCGAGCCAGCCUGAGAGCCAGGGCCACGGGGUGUCUGUCCCGGAGCAAGUCCCAGCCCUGCGUGCUGAAUGACAAAAAGAUUGGUAUGAAGCGCAGAAGACCAGAAGAUGCCCAGGAGCAGCGGCCCUCCCUGGACCUAGCAAAGAUGACUCAGAAACUUCAGACUUUUCAGAGCUUGAGCUGCCCCGGAUUCUCGGCCACCGACGGCUUCCAGUCAGGCCUGCCCCCUCCCACCUUCAACCAAUCAGAUUCGGACUUCUCUGCUGUGUCCGAGUUGGGACUGGAGUCACGGCAGGAAGUGGCAGGAGACGACGAGGAAGAGGAUUCUUCCUUCGAGGAGCUGGAUAGCGACUCGGCAUGCAGCGUGGACUCGCGGCCCGGCUCUCCUGUAGGCAUCGUGGGCGGUAAACGCACCCUCUGGAAGGGUGGGACACAGAGGGACAUUUUCCAGCUGGGGGGAGAGCUCGAUCUUGAUCAGAUUGAGAGAAACUGAACAUUUUAUAGGAGAUUUAAAAAGAGUGAGUCUGGACUGUUGUGGAAAGUUACUGGACAUUGAUGAUGUACCGAGAGAUGGCUAUUAGGAAGGGCUGUGAGUGGAGGAGUGGACAUUGAAAGGCAAAGGAAAGGAAAGUGACAGAUUAUAAAGGACUAAGUAUGUUGUUAACGACUGCCUUUUUAAUGACACAUUUGCCUUGAACAUUCUUACUGUUUGAAUCAAAAAGCAGUGACCUUAGUUGUUUUUUAUUGGGUAUUCAGCUUAACUCAGGAGCAGGAAAGUGAGGGUUAGUCUUAAAAACAACUCCCAGCCCCCACUGUCUUUUCAACCUGAUGACCUUUCCAAAGUCAGCUAACUGUAGGUUUGUAGUACUGUAGCAGUAGCUGGGCUUGCCUGUAUUUAGCUUGAGUUUGUUUGUUUUUCUCAGAGAAAGUGGGGGUGUCAGGGAAGGGGUGAAACAGGGAGGGUGGGGGGAAACAACAUGAAGACGUAUCUUCUCAGACUUACCUUUGACCUUCCUCUUUUUUGUGCACACAUGAAAAUCAGAUCUUUUUGCUGAAUGUAGGCUCAAUAAGCUUUUCGAGGAGUUCAGAAAAUGACAGUGCCUUCUUUUGGAUGUUUGCUCUACCGGUUCUCUAGCCUCAAUCGAAGCCACCUUUUCUGACCUUUCUUUUGGUAGUUUCUUAAUAUGCAAAUUGUAUAUUUGAAUUAAACACUGAAUCUCAAGGUAUCAGUUCUAACAUCAAUGUAUAUUUUUCUAAGUAACUGUUUUUUAUGAGUUGUUUGUGAAGGAGGAAAAUACAAGGCCUUUUCUCUAACAGAAUGAAAUAAAUUUACAACCUGCACUCAUAUGUCUGGUUUGAUUUCAGCUCAUUAAUGAAUGCUUUGUACUAAGACAGAUUCCACUUUGACAAAUCAAAGGUCUGAAUAAGUUGCUCAGUUUCCAGAUACCCUUUAGAAGUUGUGCCCACUUCCUGCUUCACAUUUCAGAACCAUUUCACCGAAGCUCACUCAUUCAAUCUUUAUUGUUUUGAAUGUCGAUAGAUGCAUUUCUGAUGUCCUUCUGUUUUAGUCAUUUACAGCUCUUGAUGAAGACGGCAAGUUAAGUAAACAUCUGUGUAAUGCCCUGUUGUUGUCCACCUGCCCCAAACAAAAUGGCAGGAAGUCUAGACAUGAAUUAUCCCUGGCCUGUAACCCAGCAGU